CUUGCAUUUAAGACUUUGACGUUUUGAGAGAAAAAAUAUAGGUUUGUUUUCCCAGCCAAAAGCCAUGUCUUCAACUUCAGUGGCCUUUCUCUGUGCAACUCUUUUCAUUUCGAUCUGCAUGUCAGCCCACCCGUUUGCUUUUGGCGCUGCCGACUACACACCCUCUGCUUACGAUGUUCUUCAAGAAAACGACUUUCCAGUCGGCCUUCUCCCGAAAGGUGCAACUGGCUAUGAAUUAAACAGAGAAACAGGGGAGUUCUCGGCCUACUUGAAUGGAAGUUGCAGCUUCUCCGUCGAAAAUUCAUAUCAGCUUAAUUAUAAUUCCACCAUUGAGGGUUUGAUCUCCAAGGAUAGGCUCAAGAAUUUGAAGGGUGUGAGUGUUAAGGUGCUUUUGCCGUGGCUCAACAUUGUCGAGGUGGUCCGUGAAGGCGAUGAGCUCCAUUUCUCCGUGGGAAUUGCUUCCGCCAACUUUCCGGUUGAGAAUUUUGAGGAGUGUCCUCAAUGUGGGUGUGGAUUGGACUGCAACAAGUUCGAUGUUUAUCAUUCUUCUUUUUAGAAGAGAGAAUCAAUCGCUUGUACGUAUACAUGCAAGUGAUGUAUAUGCUUCUUCUUAAUUCAUACCAUAAGGGCAACCAGAUCAAUGUUCAGUACUGUUCUAAUAUUCUAGAUGCUUUAUCAUUUUUGUUCUUUUUCGUUUCUUCAGAGGAAGAUCAAUUUGGAGUUUAUGAUUUUUUUUUUU